AUGUUGUUAAUGACAAUAGUAUUAUGUUGUUUUUUGUCGGCGAAUGCUUGGGUAAGCUUAUUAAAAUGAAUUGGAAAUAAUAAUAUUAUAGGCAAUUUUGAAAAUUAGUAUUAAAAAUUAAAAAAAGUUCAAAAUAUUAGACAAGGUUGGGUUUAGACGAUUUUUUAGGAUUUUAGGAUGUUGUAGUAGACAAAUAAGGCUGAAAAAUUUAAAAAAGUUUAAAGUUUGAAAAGUUAAAAAUUAAAAAGUGUAGCCUUAAUAGCUAUAGCUCUAGCAUUAUUCCUAACUUUAGCCUUAGUAUUAGCUUUAGUUUUAGCUUUAGUCUUAGCUUUAGCCUUAGAUUUAGCUGUAGCCUUAGCUUUAGUCUUAGUCUUACUUAGCCUUAGUUUUAGUCUUAGUUUUUGCCUUAGCUUUAGUCUUAGCUUUAGCCUUAGGUCCAUGCUUAAUUUUAGCUUUAGUCUUAGAGCUAGCUCUAACUCUAGUCUUAGCUCUAGUCCUAGGCCGAGCCUUAGCCUUAUCGUUAGCAUCUAGCUACAACUCCAGUUUUAGUUACAGCCUUUGUCCUAGCUUUAAUCCUAGCUUUUGCUUUAGAUGCAGCUUUAGCGCUAAUCUUAGCAUUAGCAUUAGGAUUAGUUUUAACCUUGGUUUUGACGUUUUCUCUAGGUUUAGCUUUUGCAGUAGAGUUAGCCUUAACCUUGGUUUUGUUUUUCGCACUAGGUUUAGCUUUAGGCCAGGCCAUAGUUCUAGACUUGUCUUUAACUUUAAUCCUAGCUUUGACGCUUAGUGAUAUGGGUUUUAUUUCCGUCUUUUUUGGUUUAAGGCUUGUUCAAGGCUUUAAGUAGGCGUAAUUAAAGAUUUCUACUCAAUUUUUUAAAGGUUUACUUUAGGCUAUUAAAAUUUUGAUUUUACGGUGUAAAUUUAAAUUAAUAAAAUGAAAAAGAUAUAAAAAAUAAAAUUUGAAAACUCAAAAACUAACCAAAAUAAAGUCAAAACCCUAUGUUAUACUAACCUAUUACUAACAUUUUUAUUGUGUGCGCAUAGUUUUACUUUGCUUGAUUUCAGAGACCAGCUCCAGUAGCCAAAAAACCGACCGGUAAUACGGUGACGUUGGAGGUUUAUAUGGAAGCACAGUGUCCAGACACUUCAGCCUUCAUUCAUAGACAAUUGGUACCAACAUGGGCCAAGUUGGGACACUUGCAGCGAAUUAAUGUGACAAUUGUGCCAUUUGGGAAGGCUAGUUGUACUCCGAACGGCGAAGAUUUUAGGUAUGUGUUUGGAUUGGAAAUUGAGAUUUUGGAAGUUUUAGGUAACAUUUUUGGAAAAACAUGUUGUUUUAGGCAACAUUUUUGGAUAAAAUUGUAAUUUUAGGCAAUUUUAGGUAACAAUUUCAAAAAAAAUGUGAUUUCAGACACUUUUAGGUAACAAAUUUUCAAUAAAAUGUGAUUUUAGGUAGUAUUUCUGAAAAAAAGUACCAUUUUAGGUAACAUUUUUCAGUUUCUAACGUGACUUUUGAUCUUUUUUAGCUGUGACUGCCAGCACGGCCCAACCGAAUGUGAUUUGAAUGCCAUGAUGAAUUGUGCGAUGGAACGACUGGUGCAACCAAGAGAAUAUGUACCACUAAUUGGGUGUAUUCAAGGCAGUGACGAUGUGAAAUCAGCAGCAGCCAAAUGCUUCAGUCCGGGGGCUGAUAAGGAGUGGUAAGAUUGUUUUUCAUCUAGCUUUAUCUCAAGUGCUAGCCUAAUCCAGAUUCUAAGCUUUAGCCUAAAACUCAGCCUAAGCUCUAGCCUAAGCUUUAACUUACGGCUUGGCUUAAGUCUUAGCUUAAGAGUACACCCUAGUCUAAGCCCUAGCCUAAGCCCUAGCCUAAGCCCUAGCCUAAGCCCUAGCCUAAGCCUUAGCCUAAGCCCUAGCCUAAGCCCUAGCCUAAGCCCUAGCCUAAGCCCUAGCCUAAGCCCUAGCCUAAGCCCUAGCCUAAGCCCUAGCCUAAGCCCUAGCCUAAGCCCUAGCCUAAGUCCUAGCCUAAGCCCUAGCUUAAGCCCUAGCCUAAGCCUUAGUCUAAGCUCUAGCCUAAGCCUUAGCCUAAGCCCUAGCCUAAGUCCUAGCCUAAGCUCUAGCUUAAGCCUUAGCCUAAGCUCUAGCCUAAGCCCUAGCCUAAGUCCUAGCCUAAGCCCUAGCUUAAGCAUAAACUUUAGCCUAAGCCCUGGCCUAACAAUAAGCCGUAGGUUCAUCUCUAGCUUAAGCUCUAGCCUAAUCUCUACUAGGGCCUCAGCUCUGGUUCAAGCUUUUUGUCCUAGUCGUAACUUUAGUCUAAGCCUCAGCCUAGGCUUAAAUUUAAGCCUUUGUCUAAGCUUUAGCCCAGGCUUUCACUUUGGUUUAGUCCGAACCUUACCUUAAAAGCUAGCCGAGUUCUUAGCUGACGUUUCAGGUGAAACUCUAGUUUUAGCUUUUUUAAAACUUUACUUUUCGUAUUUUACCACCAAAUCCAAUUCCAGGAUCUCUCAAUGCGCCCGAUCAAAGCGCGGUCGUUACCUCUUGGCUAUGGCCGGACAAAGGACAAACCUAUUGGGACCAGUCUUCAAUUUCGUACCAUGGGUCAUUAUUGAUGGUACCAGAGACAUUGACAGUUUUUAUGCGUUGGAAGAGAACGUUUGUAAACGAUUGAAUUCACCAACACCAGCCGAAUGUCUACCUGGCAACAAUCAACAACAAGCUCAGGCCAUCGAACAGCCUUUUCGUCUUUAA